AUGGGCCGGAUGAGCCCCUGGAACUUGAUCCUCCAGACUUUUUUCCUCCUGCCUGCAGCCGGAGCCCAGAGGAGGGGCCCCGCUCCUGGAGACCACUCGCAAGCGGCCCCAGCUCCGGCUGUGGAUGCUUGCAAACCCGGGACCCAACAAACUGAGUUGAACUCUUUCUUAUGGACUAUCAAGAGAGACCCCCCAUCCUACUUUUUUGGCACCAUUCAUGUGCCAUACACGAGGGUCUGGGAUUUCAUUCCCGAGAACUCCAAGGCGGCCUUCCAGCAGAGCAGCAUUGUCUACUUCGAGCUGGACCUCACGGACCCUUACACUAUCUCUGCCCUCACCAGCUGCCAGCUGUUGCCACAGGGCGAGAACCUCCAGGAUGUGCUUCCCCAGGACAUCUACUGCCGACUCAAGCGCCACCUGGACUAUGUGAAGCUGAUGAUGCCCUCAUGGAUGACUCCAGAUCAGCGAGGGAAGGGCCUCUAUGCCGAUUACCUUUUCAAUGCCAUCGCGGGGAAUUGGGAGAGGAAGAGACCUGUGUGGGUGAUGCUGAUGGUGAAUUCUCUGACCGAAGUGGACAUUAAGUCCCGAGGGGUGCCAGUGUUAGAUCUAUACCUUGCCCAGGAGGCUGAGCGCCUCAGGAAACGGACUGGGGCAGUGGAAAAAGUAGAAGAACAGUGUCACCCUCUGAAUGGGCUCAACUUUUCUCAGGUGAUCUUUGCCUUGAAUCAGACCCUCCUUCAGCAAGAGAGUCUGCGGGCGGGGAGCCUCCAGACUCCCUACACCACAGAGGAUCUGAUCAAGCAUUAUAACUGCGGGGACCUCAACUCCAUUAUCUUCAGCCACGAUAACUCACAGGUUCCAAAUUUUAUUAAUGCUACGCUGCCGCCUCAGGAACGCAUCACUGCUCAGGAGAUCGACAGCUAUUUCCGUCAGGAGCUCAUCUACAAACGGAAUGAACGGAUGGGGAAGCGAGUGAAGGCCCUUUUGGAGGAGCAUCCUGAUAAAGGCUUCUUCUUUGCCUUUGGCGCCGGUCAUUUCAUGGGCAACGACACAGUGCUUGAUGUUUUGAGGAGAGAAGGGUAUGAGGUAGAGCACACCCCUGCCGGACAACCUAUCAGCAAUGAGAAGACCAGGAGAACCCCUUCCACUUUGUCCCCUCCUCCCCCUGCUCAUGUAUCCUAUGGGAUCUCCAAGGCAUCCAGUGCCCUCGGAGAGCCAGGGGAGGAGGAGGAAGAAGAAGAGGAGGAGGAGGAGGUGCUGCUGCCCCAUCUGCUCCUGCCUGGGAAUGCUGACCUCUUGGAGAAGAUGGACAGAAAGUACAGGAAAAAGAAGAAGAAGCAGCUGAAGAAGCAGAGGCUGCGGCAAUUCAGCGACCUGUGGGUACGCCUGGAGGAGAGUGCUCCAGCUCCACUCCCUCGGAUCCGAAUCGUCAACGGGUACAUCACGGUGGAACCUCUGCUGCCAGGUCACAGAAGAUCGCCCCAUACCCAGACAGUGUCGAACAGUGCCUGCUUGUCACUUUGGACACUUUUGUUCUGGUUGUUGACUUUGGCCCUUCAGACUGAGAUAAUGUUUCUCUAAGACUUGUCCCCUACAGGCUGGUCGCCUUUUCUCAGAGCCUUAUACAGACUGAAAAGACAGAAGACCUUCACGCAUGUUACUUGAAAGAAUCUUACCCUUCCAAUUUGGGCUGACACACCCUGUGUGGAAGACACUUUUUGAAAGCCAUUUGGUUUUAUUCUUCUCCUUUUGAGGAAUGAUCCACAUUAUCCCAGAAUGCUUUGGGGAGAUGCAUCAUGUUGUAAGAUAGCUAUAAUUUAGCUCAGUGGAAAUCAUUAAAUACAUUUUGGUCUAG